CUCUCGGUGGCAUCGACUACUUUGCAUUGUUUGCUGGAGCAACCUGCAUACGUCGGACGUCGCGACGCUCUUUUUAAAGUAGACAAUGUCAGCGCGGGAAAUGCUAGUUCAAGGUGGACGAUUCUAUCGGAUGCUCAUUCACGCUGUACUUCUUCUUCUGAUACUCAACGUCGUACGCGGUAUCGACUAUGACUCCUUUAGAAACGACGAGGAACCUAAGAUGAUAAAGAGAAGAAAUAACCGACCGCUGAGACGUUAUUUGGAAAAUGAAUUAAACGAGACUCCCGAUUACAAAAACACGUACACGGUUCAAGAAGGCACAGAAGUGUUAUUGCACUUUGGCACCCUACUGCGUUAUCAAAUGCUGGACGUCCUUGGCUCCAUCAUUUUUGAACAUUACGAGGACUUCAGUCUGCGCCAGGUCGAGGCCCUCUUCAGGAUCUACGACGAGACUAUGAAGAGGAAGUACAACAUCUUUGAGAUAGUACCGAGCGUCUUGAAGUACAGGGACCUAAGACCGUCCUCCUUGUGCAAAUACAUCCACUUGCACGUGAGAACCUGCCUUAAGGAAACUGCCAGGAAUUGCAUGAAACUUCGAAAACACGAUCAGGCCAAACUACGAACGCAAUUUGCGGGAGCCUUGAAUUACACCAAUUACGUGUAUAAGAAGGGUCGACUGCAUGAACUUUACCCUGAUGUAUUUUUCAUGAAUAUGAUUGUUCGACAUCUUCAGCAGGGUAUGCUGACGUUGAAUGACAAACUCUUAGCUGGCUUAUUGAAUCACAUUCAGUACGACGAGUACGACGAGAGAGUACGGGAGGCUGAGAAGCAGACGGUGCGACAUCUUCUGUCUUCGAGAUACGCAACGAGAAGGAAUAAUACCAGACGCUCCUUGUCCGCGUUUCAGGUCAGCCGAUUUUAUGCGAUAGCGCCUCUUGUCAGAUAUUAUCUUCAAGUUAACUGGCACACAUUCCCAGAACCAAUUGCUCAUAAAGUGCACUUCCUUGCCCAACACGUGAUCAAGCACGUCGGAUCGAUCAAUUCGAAUAUCGAACUUCUUGGCACUGUCUACGAGGGCAAUAUUUUUCAUUUGAAAUAUUUAUUCGACCUGGUCAUACCUUCUGAUAUUGUUGAUCCCGAUGUAGCUAGCGCCAAGGAUUAUCUCCUGCGAAAGGUAACGGCUUUAAGGAUCGUCGACAAGUUCCUCAGAAUCGAGAAAUAUCAGCAGUCAGGUCCCGAACAACUCUUCAUGGAAACGAUGCAGCAGCUUAUGGACAUUGGAUUUGCCAAAGACAUCGCGAUGGCUCUGCACGUUCACGCACAAUUCUGGCAUCGCAGUGUCGUCGUUGAAAGUCUCAAAGAUCUUCUUUUGCUGUUCGAUGCCUAUGAGAAUCUUCGUACCGUUACAGAACAUAAGAGAUUCAUACUCGUCAUUGACAGUAUACGUGAGCGCUUGUGGAACGCUAAGAACGUCACUAUAGAUAUUAUUUGUAACAAUCCCAGAGCCUGUCUUCGACUUGGACUCGAGGUUGUUUUAAAAUGCGACCUUGUCAGUGUGGAAAUUAAAAAUUGGAUACUCUUGUAUUUUGAUUUUGUAAACAACAGAGGAUCUCUUAUGCUGGAGGUUUGUAAUGGGCCUAGAGAAAAUAUAUGGACGACAGCAUCAACGUCACUAGCGGCAACGAAGCCGACAACGUCGGUGGAAAGACUAGCAACUGCCAAAGUGAUGAAAACAAUGACUCAGCUGAGUACGGUUACGACAGAAAGUGAGAAAAUAGCUCCCGAGGCUGAAAUAACGUCUGCGCCAACGACAGAAAGUGUGGAAAUAGUUCCCGAAGCGGGAAUAACGUCUGCGCCAACAACAGAAAGUGUGGAAAUAGUUCCCGAGGCUGAAAUAACGUCUGCGCCAACGACAGAAAGUGUGGAAAUAGUUCAAGAGCCUGAAAUAACGUCUGCGCCAACGACAGAAUCGGUCGAAGAGAUGACAGAUGUUACGAUCAUAACAACAGAAAUUCCAACGAAAACGCCGGUAGUGGCAAUCGGAACCAAUGUGAUCUCCACGACGACAACGUCAAAAUCUUAUGUCGUAACAACACCAGCACCUGUUGUAACGAAACCACAACUCACAACGACAGAACUACCCAUUAUUAUUGAAACGACAACAGCAGAAAACCCUAUAACAGAACCCCCUUCCAUUGUAACAACAUACGACCAAGAAGAGACGAUCAUCCCAGAUAUGGCGCAUCAUGACACAAUACAACCGAUCGUAGAUAGAGAGAAAAUAGCGGGAGAGGCGGUAACUGUUACCCUGCCGACGACAGAUGGAAUUGAAACAACAACUACUAAUUGUACAACGACGGAAAAAACAAAAACUACAAUAACUUUGACUGCAGUUCCAAUAGGUUCGACAACCUCUCCUUUGAUCGUCGCCAACAAAACAUCAAAACCUGUUCGUCACGAGGAAACAUUGCUGAAAGAGACGAUUGAAAUAACGGAGCAAUCAAGUGAAGCAAGUUCAAAAGGAGUAACCACCACCAAUCCACCAUCUGUCACAAUUAGCGUAACACCAUCUACCAUAAAGAAAAUUGUAAAACCGAUACCCGCGAAGGCCGAAACACCUCGACCCACUGAAGUGGUCAAUGUUACGUCUGGAAUCUCUAAAGUAAUUGACAUUGAUAAUAACGCGACGAAACUCUUUACACCAAAACUGAAUAAAGCAGUUUUAGCAACUACUAAGGCUUCGUGCGAAGAUUCCGGAAACUGUAGCGACGAAUGUAGCGAUGAAAACUGCUCCGGAAGUGAAGGAUGCGUUGGUCCCAAUUGUCCAGCAGAAUGCAGUGGCGAGGAUUGUUCUUGUGCCGAUUGCGAAACUGAAGAGUCCAAAGAAUGCGUAGGUCCUCAGUGCCAACCACCGGUAGUCGGAUGCCCUGGAGGCGAUUGCAACGCAGACUCCUCCUCGGAGGAAUGUGCGGAAGGUAAAAAUUGUCAAAAUGACAGCAGUUCGUGCAGUGGCGAUGAUUGCAGCAAAUCAGAAAGUGCCGAAUGCACCAGUGGAGACUGCAUGAAAAUCCCAAGUAAUCAAAUUAAACAAAAUACAGAUGUGCCCAAAAAUAAGGACGUCGUUGUAAUGUGUCACAACCGGAAUCCGCAUCAUCAGAGGAAGAAGAAAAGGAUGCAGAAAAUGCAACGGAAAAUUGUAAAUCAGAAAUCUCCCUCAACCUUACAUUCCUUGAUACCAGUUAACAUCACUGAUAAAAAUGGCAAGGAUCUGUCUCUCCUGAAGCCCUUAACUAAGCCUGUAUACUUUGAACCAGUCUAUAACCCAUGGCACUCCAAUAGACCUUCUUAUCCAGCACGACCUCUUUAUCCACUUUAUCCUCCCAUGAGAGGACAUCCUGCGUCCUUCUACGCCGAUAUUUCCGGAAAUCUCAAUAAAAACCACAACAAGAACACGAAUAUCAAUCAGAACUGGAAUUACGUUCAACUGAGAAGACAUCAAGUUCAUGAUGUACCUGAGAUGCAAGAACACAAUAUAUCUCCUGUUGUGAGAGUAUCUCAUCACUUGGACAGUUAUCCUGAUAAGUAAUUAUACUAUUGACGCUAAAUAUUAACUAUACUAUUGUCAUGUGAAAUUGGUAUUGCUGUAUUAUUUCUCAUCUCGAAGGAAAAGUGCAUUUUGAGUACUGAAUGAA